AUGGUGUAUUAUAAGAAUGUAGAAUAUGAUGGGGGUGAGUUUUCGGUGGGGGACGAUGUGUAUGUGAAGAGAAGAGAGGAUGCAAGCUCGGAUGAGGAAGACCCAGAAGUGGAGGAGUGUAGGGUUUGUCUCAAGACUGGCAAGGCAGUGAUGAUUGAAUGUGAUGAUUGUUUGGGUGGGUUUCAUUUGAAAUGGUCAAAGCCGCCACUGAAAGAGGUCCCAGAAGGAGAUUGGAUUUGUGACUAUUGUGAGGCAAAAAAAUUGAGGAAAAAUGUUGAAGUACCUCAGCCACCAGUAGGGAAGCAACGACCAAGGACUGCAAGGGAGAAGCUUCUUUCAAGUGAUUUAUGGGCGGCUCACAUUGAGAGUAUUUGGAAAGAGGUGGAUGGUGAUUAUUUGUUUCGGGGGCGUUGGUAUAUAAUUCCUGAAGAAACUGCCCCAGGAAGACAACCGCAUAAUUUAAGGAGGGAGCUCUAUCAGACCAAUGAUUUUGCUGAUAUUGAGGUAACAUAUGCCCUUUUCUGUUGUUUAUUCGAUAAUCUCUUGAUUGGCCCCAAAAAAUUUGUGGUGGAGAAUGGAACUCAUCAGAUGGAGUGUCUUAUAAGGCAUUGUUAUGUUAUGAAUCCCAAAGAAUUUGCCAAGGAAAGCAAUGGUGAUGAUGUUUAUUUAUGUGAAUAUGAAUAUGACAUACAUUGGCAUACUUUCAAGCGUAUUGCAGAGAUUGACAAUUGUGAAGGGGAUGAUGAAGAAGCUGACAGUGAUGAACAUUGGAGUUCUUGCAAGGAUUCUGACUCUGAAACAGAAGACACGGAACAUGAAGAGAGACGCAGGAAUCUAGUCGCUGGACAAUUCCCCACACAUCAGUUGGCUGCAGUAUGGCCUUUUCCUUUAUUUGACUAUGUGGUUAAUAGUCUGGUGGCUGAACAUGUGAGAUGCCACAAGCAGACUGAACUUGAAAAGGCUAAAGCAACGCUAUUGUUGGCAACUUUACCCAAAUUUCUUCCUUGUAGAAAUAAAGAAAUGGAAGAGAUAACCGCAUUUAUAAAAGGUGCCAUAUGUGAUGAUCAAUGCCUUGGACGAUGUCUGUACAUUCAUGGAGUUCCUGGUAUUGGCAAGACAAUGAGUGUACUUGCAGUAAUGAGGAGUCUAAGGUCCGAGGUUGAUGCAGGAGGUAUUAACCGUUACUGCUUUGUGGAGAUUAAUAGUCUGAAAUUGGCAUCACCGGAGAACAUUUACAGGGUUAUUUAUGAAGCUUUAAGUGGACACAGGGUUAGUUGGAAAAAGGCUCUCCACUUGCUGAAUGAGCGUUUCUCAAAUAGAAACAAAACUGACAGGGAGGACAACCGACCUUUUCUGUAUAACAUUCUUGAUUGGCCUACUAAGCCACAUUCCAGAUUGAUUGUAAUAUGGAUUGCAAAUACUAUGGAUCUUCCGGAGAAGUUGCUUCCCCGUAUUUCAAGCCGUAUGGGCAUACAAAGGCUGUGCUUUGGUCCCUAUAAUUAUCAGCAACUUCAAAAAAUCAUUUCAAGUUGUCUAAAAGGAAUUGAUGCAUUUGAAAAACAAGCUAUAGAAUUUGCUUCAAGAAAGGUGGCAGCUAUUUCAGGAGAUGCACGUCGUGCACUGGAGAUAUGUAGGCAUGCGGCUGAACUCACAGAUUAUCAUAAUAAGAAUUCAAAUCCCAAUUCUGCUCCUGCAGGUAGAGAUACUUCGACUACCUCUGUAUUCCACGUUGCAAUAAGAAAGGAUAAUGGACAGAUAACUCUAGAGUUAGAAGGUUGGACUUACCUUCUUGACAAUCACCAGGUUAUAUCUGAAGACCCCCCUGACACUGUGCAAGACAUUAUCAACAAGUCAAAUAUGUAUGGUGCAGCAGCAGUCUAG